CUUGCACUCAAGUGAUUUCCACAAAUGGCGAUGGCUCCGACAAUGGCAACCGCGCCAACAACCGGCCGGUGGAGCAUGGCGUCUCUCCGCGCAGCUCUUCCGCCACUCAAGUCCACCUCUGUGAGAGUUUCUUCACGCGCCGCCACUAAAUGCCAUUCGCUUCCUCGCUCUUACGUCGGUCUCUCUCCGGCUAAACCCCUCAUGUCCCUUGGCUUUUCCGAUCGUACAGGUUUUGGGAACAAUUUCACCAUUGUUGAUAAUGGUUCUCGAUUUUUUGCAAUGAGGCAUGGCAAACGAGUACCAAAGCUCAACAGGCCUCCUGACCAACGACGGGCACUUAUACGAGGCCUUACCACUCAGCUUCUUAAACAUGGAAGGAUUAAGACAACCAGGACAAGAGCAAGUGCCAUUAGGAAGUUCGUCGACAAGAUGAUCACCUUAGCAAAGGAUGGUUCUCUUCACAAAAGGAGGCAGUCUCUGGGUUUCAUUUAUGAGAAGCAGAUUGUCCAUGCCUUGUUUGCUGAGGUUCCAGACAGGUAUGGGGAUAGAGAUGGUGGAUAUACUAGAAUUAUUAGAACACUGCCAAGGCGAGGGGACAAUGCGCCCAUGGCAUACAUUGAACUUGUCUAGGCACUUCUCGAAGCUGAUUCUACAACAUCUUUAAGUAAUUAUGACACUAGUCUUUGUAAUGAGAAUUCUAAAUCUGUUGACUUUGAUAUUCCCGUGUUGGUAAAUUUCAUCUCUUUAGCAUUUAGCAGCCAUCAUUCUUUAGAUGAUUUGUAGGACACCGGAGUGCUAUUUUCUUGUCUGGAAAAAGAGUUUGCCUUAAAGAUAUGGGAAAGGUGGAUAAGAAUUUAUGUGUCCCAUGUUCCCAUUACAUUCAAUUGUAAAAGUGCAAAGAGCAAGAAGCAGGUAGAGUAUACUAAAUAUUAGGUAAAGUGGAAAACUGUAUCAAGCUUUAGCUGCAAGUACUGUGGAGUUGAAUUACUUUAUAUAGGAAUUUGUAGGAGUGGAAUAUGAGAGGGGCCACCGGGCCAGGAAUUAGUAAUUAGUUGCGUAAGUUAGUAUGGAAUCUUAGUUGCCUUUAAUUGGUGAUUCUUGGAAAACAUAUUUCAAUAAAGUUAUAUUCUUCUU